AUGGCAGAAAGGUCUGCGACUCUCUGCAGUCUGCACUCUGAGAGACUUAAACUCUUCUGUCUGGACCAUCAGCAGCCAGUGUGUGUCAUCUGUCAACAUUCAACAACACACAACAACCACAGAUUCAGACCCAUCGAUGAAGCUGCACAGGAUCACAAAGAGGAGCUGCAGAAAUCCCUGAAGACCUUACAGGAGAAACUGAAGCUGUUUGAACUAGUUAAAGGAAACUGUGAUCAAACAGCAGAGCACAUUAAGGCCCAGGCCCGACACACAGAGAGGCAGAUUAAGGAGCAGUUUAAGAAACUUCACCAGUUUCUACAAGAGGAAGAGGAGGCCAGGAUCUCUGCUCUGAGGGAUGAAGAGGAGCAGAAGAGUCAGAUGAUGAAAGAGAAGAUUGAGGCUCUGAGCAGAGAGAUAGCAGCUCUUUCAGACACGGUCAGAGCCACAGAGGACGUGCUGAGAGCUGAAGACGUCUCAUUCCUGCAGAACUACAAGGCUGCAGUGGAAAGAGUCCAGCAGCGCCCCCUGCUGGAUGAUCCACAGCUGCCCUCAGGAGCUCUGAUAGAUGAGGCCAAACACCUGGGCAACCUGACCUUCAACAUCUGGAACAAGAUGAAGGACAUGGUCUCCUACACUCCUGUGAUUCUGGAUCCAAACACUGCUCAUCCAGAACUCAUCCUGACUGAAGAUCUGACCAGUGUGAGACAUGGAGAGAGGCAGAAGCUUCCUGACAACCCAGACAGAUUUGAAUACCUUCUCUCUGUCCUGGGCUCCGAGGGCUUUAACUCAGGGACUCACAGCUGGGAUGUUGAGAUUGGGGACAGUACAUGCUGGAGAGUUGGUGUGGCAGCUAAUGAGGGGACAGAACAACCGCAGUCUGGAUUAUGGAGAAUAAUGUUCUAUAAUGGUAAAUACACAGCACGCUCCUCACCACAUCCGGCCACUACUCUCCCAGUGCAGAAGAGGCUUCAGAGGAUCAGAGUUCAUCUGGACUUUGACAAAGGCAAACUGUCAUUCUUUGAUCUUGAUACUAAUGCACACAUACACACCUUCACCCACACUUUUACAGGGAAACUGUUUCCAUACUUCAGAAAUGAAGAUGCACUUCCACUGAGGAUACUGCCAAUGAAACUCAGAUUACAAACUGUUUAA